AUGGGACAAUCACAAUCAGCAAAAUUUGAAAAAUAUUUUAGUUUAAUAUGUACAGAUAACGUUGAUGAAUUACGUAAACAAUUAAAAUCUGUAUCGAGUGAGCAAGCAAAUUUUAUUUGUAAUCUAUAUGAUGCUGAUAAAGGAACAGGUACCACCUUGUUAAUGUACGCUGCAUUCUAUGGCAAUACAUUGAUAUGUAAAUUACUAAUUGACAAUGGAGCAAACAAAAGUAAAUUAGAUUGUUCAAAACGAAAUGUAUUAUAUUAUUCCAUUGCUGGACAAUCAUAUAAUGUUGCCAAAUAUUUAUUUGAUAUAUGUGAUACGAAUACAAAACAAAUAUUGAUUAAUAAUAUUGAUCAAAAUAAUGAAACAGCAUUACAUGAAUCAAUUAAAGUUCAAAAUUUACACUGUAUAGAUUUAUUAUUAUCAAAUCAUAUUGAUGUUAAUAUUCUUAAUAAAGAUGGUAUCAGUGCAUUACAUAUGGCAGUUGAUUUAGGAAAAAUUGAUAUUGUUCGAUUACUCUUUAAAUAUAAAGCAAAUCCAAACACAAAGGAUUUAUCCGGUUGGACACCGUUACAUGUAGCAGCAGCUCAUAAUGAUUUGAAUAUUGUACGUUUAUUAUUGAGUCGUGGUGGAAAAAUAAAUGCCUUAGAUCAACAUGGACAUACACCAAUGAAAUGGGCAAGAGAAACAAAAUCAAAAGAUGUUCUUCAUUAUUUUAAAAAAAUUGGAGCAAAAGAAUAUGCAAUUAAUGCAUCAACCACUAUGGAAGCAACUGUGCCAUUGAUAUUAUCAACAACAACUGACCACGAAUCACAAUCUUCUACUCAUUCUACACAGAAAGAAUUAUUAAAUAAAACGACAGUGACUCCUAACCAUGACAAAACGUUUUCUGAAAAUACACUGAAUAACACGGUACAAUUUAUGCCUAUUGAACUUCAGCAUAAUGCGUUAAAAGAUCGAUUAAAUCAAUAUAAAAAUAGUAAAAUGCAAACGUCAAUAAAUGAAGAAACAGAUAAUGAAUAA